AUGCUUCAAGAACGGCGCCUUAAGAAUCCCUCUUUGCUCAUCGGCAAGAAUUAUAUCAAUGCCGAAUGGGUCGAGUCUGCUUCUGGCAAAAGGUUUGAGGUCCACGAUCCUGCAACAGGAAAGCUGAUCGGAACAUGCCCGGAAUCCAACUCUCAAGAUGCCCAAAGGGCUAUUGACGCUGCCGCAGCCGCCUUCCCAGCCUGGCGCAGCCGCAGUGGCCGAGAGCGGGCGCGGAUCCUUCGCCGAUGGAAUGACUUGAUUUUGGAGAAUGCACAAGAUCUCGCCACUCUCAUCGGCUGGGAGAACGGUAAGGCCUCCUUCGAUGCUAAUGGUGAAGUCCAAUUCGCUGCCAGCUUCCUUGAGUGGUUCUCGGAAGAGGCAGCACAUAUCCACGGCGAUGUGGUUCCUCAUAGCUCAACAAGCUUCCGUGUAUCGGUCCUCAAAGAACCCGUUGGUGUCGCUGGUCUCAUUGUACCAUGGAACUUUCCCGCAGGCAUGAUCACACGUAAACUCGGCCCGGCCCUGGCCGCCGGCUGCUCCGUGGUCAUCAAAACAGCCGGCGAGACUCCAUUCACGGCAAACGCACUUGCACUACUGGGUGAGAAAUCAGGCGUUCCCAAGGGUGUUGUCAAUAUUGUUUGUGCACUUGAGAACACCCCAGAGAUUGGUCAGGUCUUGUGCGCCUCUCCAAUCGUCCGCAAGAUCUCAUUUACUGGGUCGACACGUGUCGGUCGUCUAUUGAUGAAGCAGUCUAGCGACACCAUCAAGAAGCUCAGCCUGGAGUUGGGCGGUAAUGCUCCCGUCAUGGUAUUCAACGAUGCUGAUCUCGACCUUGCUGUCAAGGGUGUCGUCGCUAGCAAAUUCAAGGGCACGGGCCAGACAUGCGUAUGCGCCAACCGUAUUUUUGUUCAAGAUGGUAUCUAUGAUGAGUUCAUCAAAAGACUUGUCGAGGUUGUUCGGACAUUCAAGGUUGGAAAUGGCGCGGACCCAGAGACAACUCAUGGCCCCCUUAUCCACGAGGCCGCUGCCAGCAAAGUUGCAGAACUCGUGGACGAUGCCGUUAAGAAGGGUGCAAAGAUUGCUGUUGGUGGUAGAAGGAGACAAGAUAUUGGCCCUGCUUUCUACCAGCCGACAGUAUUGACCGAUGUCUCCAGCAACAUGCGCCUCUUUCAGGAGGAGAUUUUUGGUCCCAUCGCGCCUAUUCUAAGAUUUUCGGCUGAAGACGAGGCUGUUGAUGCCGCAAACGCCUGCGAUGUGGGAUUGGCAUCCUACGUCUACACCCAAGAUAUCACCAGAGCCCAUCGCGUCACGGAACUGCUGCACUUCGGGAUGGUUGCCAUUAAUACAGGCGUCAUGUCUGACGCCGCCGCACCUUUUGGGGGGGUAAAACAGUCAGGGCUUGGACGCGAGGGUAGCAAGUACGGCAUUGCAGACUACUUGCAAAGCAAGACCGUUGUCACGGGCAAUAUCAACGUGACACACCGGGCUCAUAUCUAA